AUGGCCGACAGCCCCGCCAAAGCAACUACCACGCGACCGCAAUUGGGUAGCAUGCGAAGCAGCUCCUAUUUGCAGGACAACCAGCAGUUGCGAGGACCCAACAAGCCCGAGAGCCACUUUGGCAUCGAUACCGUCGUUGAAGAUUUGAACAACACGAGCUUGACGCCGCCCAAGGCCUUUAGCCCUUUCAACGGUGUGCCUUCCAAGGACGACCCUCCUCGUAUAGUAGACGGUGGUAGCCAUGAAUAUGCACACCCGAACUGUGCUCCCGUCAAGGGCGAGAAGAGCAACCGCUUGAUUGCGACGCUCACCUACAAGGCAAAGAACCCGCGCGCUGCCAGUGCGGCACCACAGCUGCCGCGUCAGUCGGCCUCCAACUCGGACAUUCCGGCAAACUUUGCACCUACGACCAACAUUGAGACGUUUCCUCUCGAGCCUCCUGCGGCGGCAGCUGAGCCUGAAUCCCUUGAUAACCUCUAUGGCUCGUAUAUCUCGCCGCUGUGCAUUACAUCAUUCCUGCACCUGAUGUCGACAUUCCCGCUUCCUCCAGGAGUCACGGAAAUUAACUCAUCCCACCGUUGCCUUGACGAUCCCGAGCACCCGAAUAUUGUCGAGCUUACGCUCUCUCCUGCGCCCUCGCUCGACUAUCUGCCCUUGUCAGAUCUCCGGAAGCAUGAGCUGAUUUACCGAUUUGAGCGGGAAUGGAACAUUGACGUGGCUCUUCAGCGGGACACGAUCUGGAGGAGACAUCCCCGGCUCGUAGUGUUCGACAUGGACUCGACGCUCAUUACCCAAGAGGUCAUUGAUCUGAUGGCUGCGACAAUCAAGGAACCUGCAGACUUGGCAGAUAAGAUUGCUGAUAUUACGCACCGUGCCAUGUUGGGAGAGUUGGAGUUCGAAGCCGCCUUCAAGGAGCGUGUGGCACUUCUCAAGGGUCUUCCUGAAAGCGUCUUUGAACAGUUGCACCCCGUCCUGGAUGUGACCAAGGGCGUCCCCCAGCUGCUCAGGGCAUUCAAGAAGUUGGGCAUCAAGACGGCUGUAGUUUCUGGUGGUUUCCUGCCACUGACCUCUUGGUUGGCCAAGCAGCUUGGCAUUGACUAUGCUCAUGCCAACGAGGUUGUUAUUGACGAUGCUGGCAAGUUCACCGGUGAGGUCAAGGGCGCCAUCGUGGGAAGGGAGAGGAAGAAGGAGCUUCUUAUUGAGAUUGCCGGUAAGGAGGGCAUUGCACUCGAGCAGACAGUCGCUGUCGGUGACGGCGCUAAUGACUUGUCGAUGCUGGCCACGGCUGGACUGGGAGUUGCGUGGAACGCAAAGCCUCGUGUGCAGAUGGAGGCGAGCGCAAGGCUCAAUGGCGAGACGCUUGUUGACCUGCUCUACCUUUUUGGCUUCACCAGCGAGGAAAUUGGUCUUCUUAUUGCUUAG